CCAGGACUGAGGGUCCCCACACCCCUUGGAGCCAACAGGCAGGCGUGGGGAGCUGGGGUUCUGCUUGCACCUCCCGCCCGCUCCCCCACUCCUGGCCAUUUCCUGUCUCAAUCUGUGGGAAGCCGCCAGAGCAAAAUACCUCCAAUGGGCCCAGCCUGGCUGGGGGCUGUGGCAAAGGUCGUGGCUGGUGGCACCAGAGCGUGGCUGUGGGGGUGGCUGUGGGUCCGUGAGCCUACCCUGCCCCAGUGCUGCUUGUGCUGGUGCCUGGCCCUAGCACAGGGGAAGCUCUGCAUGCCCCGUCCUCGGCAGCAGCAGUGGCGCCAGUGUGGCCUCCCUUAUCUCGGCGGGAAGUCAGGAGCAGGAAGCCUGGCUCGGUGCGGGAUAAGGGUCCCGUUUACAUUAGCUCCUUUGUUGUGGAGCAGGCUUCCACCCUCACCCACUGCCCACGGGGUGGGGCCCUGGCUGGGCCAAGAAAUGAGGGGCAACAGGAACCCCUGCCCAAGAUCCAUGAGGGGCUUAGGUGGUCUUUGCAAUGGUCCCUGUGAGGACACGAGUAGGGAUGGGGUCUGCUAUGAUGGUGCCCUGCCACUGUGCCACAUGGCUUCCCCCUGCCCAGAUCAGCUACUCAGCUGGACCCUGCCCUGUGGCUGUGCACUGGUGUCUGCAGUGCUGUCUGGGCUCCUGGCUGUGGCCAGCUGCCUUGGUAGCGUGGUGCUGGGCAUCCUUGACUACUGGAGCCCACGCAUCUGGCACCUGCCACGUCCUGGCGUGGUGGCCCUGAUGUGGUGGCCCUGGCAGUGGCUCAGCCCCAGGGCUGGCUGGGAUGAGGGAAAUCAAUGAAUUCCCCAAACGGGAAGGUCUGGGGGAGGGGAGAGCGUCCCAGCACAGGAAAAAGUCCAGGCAGUGACGUGUGGUGGGCAGAGCAGUGCCGGCCGCCCUGAGAGCACAGCCCCAUGCACUGCCCUGGAGCCUCUCACCCACCUCCGCCACCCACCGUGGUCCCCACGGCCACCCCAUGUUCCGCUCACACCGUGCUGGCCUGAUGCGGAGGCUGUGGCGGCAGCGCUGUGCAGCAGCCAGUCCUGAGGAUGGCCCCAGUGCCCUCAAACUAGCGGCGCAUGCCCUCUUCAAGAAGCUGAAGGAUGAGGAGCUGGAGCUGCUGGUGCAGGUGGUGGAGAGCGGGGGUGCCUGGGAGUCUGGCUGCGUUUUGGCACCACGCGGGGACCCACGAGGGGUCAAGCAGGGACUCUCCCCUCAAGUCCUGCUCUGUCGCCUCUUCCGCUGGCCUGACCUCCACCAGUCCCAUGAGCUCAAGCACCUCUGCUACUGCGCUGGGGGUCAGGGGGCCUGCGGGGACUUGGCUGUGCUGUGCUGCAACCCCCAUCAUUUCAGCCGCCUGGCUGUACCUGAAACCCCGCCACCCCCCUACUUGAAGGCAUCCUGUGGUCCCUCUUGGCCAGAUGAGCCCCAGCACCCCAGCACUCAGCUCCUGGAGUUCAGCUACAACGGUGGGGACUGGUGCGACACCAGCCUCUCAUGGAGCACCAUCAAGGAUGGCUGCUGGUGCAAACUGGCUUACUGGGAGUACCGGACACGCGUGGGCCGCCUCUACGCCGUGCACGAGGCAUCAGUGAAUGUCUUCUGCGAGCUGCCAUGGGGCAGUGGGUUCUGCCUGGCCCAGCUGCCGGCCGCCUACCGCAGCUGUGCUGUCCGGCGGGCACGUGGCAAGAUUGGCCGGGGGCUGCUGCUGAGCCGGGAGCCAGGUGGCGUCUGGGCAUACAACCGCAGUGAGCAUCCCAUCUUCGUCAGCUCACCCACCCUGAGCCCCCCUGGUGCCUGCGGGCUCACUGUCCUCAAGGUGCUGCCUGGCUACUCAGCAAAGGUGUUUGAUUAUGAGUGGGCAGGGGACAGAGGGGGCUGGCAGCUCCCUGGGGAGGGACCCUGUGACCCUCACAGCAUCCGCAUCAGCUUUGCCAAGGGCUGGGGACCCUGCUACUCCCGGCAGUUCAUCACCUCCUGCCCAUGUUGGCUUGAGGUCCUGCUGAACCAGCCAUGCUGAGGCUGGGGCUGGAAGGGGGUGCCAGGGAGUUCCCCCAAAGCAGGUUCACAAGCUGGGGGGCCCUUCUGUUCCCCAGCCUGUGUCUUCCAGGGCUGUGUUGCAGCAGGAUCAUCCUGGCUCUGUGGGACUCUCUGCCCGAGUGCUGACUGGAUGCAGUGCCCUGCUUGCAUGGCUCACCACCCUGUCAGCACCUGCUUCCCCCAGCCAUGGGGCUCUCAGUGACACAGAGCACGAUUUUAAUUUUUUUUUAAAUUUUAUUAUUUUAAUGUUCAAGUUUAUAUUAAUUCAUCUAUUUUUGUAAAAAAAGCAAAGCAUGAGGCAGGAGUCCCCAUUGUCAGGGCCAGGGCCGGUGGGGACAGGGGAAGUAGGAGAGACGGGAGGUGGGACAGAGUGAAGAGGAGGGGAGAGCUGUGGGCCUGGGUGUCACAGCAGACAAAGGGAAGGGGAGUGAACUGGCACUGCUGGGGUGAGAACAGCUGGAGUGUGGGGCAGGUGCUGGGGCAGGUUAGAACAGCUGGAUAGGUGUUGGGCAGGUAGAAUGAAGGGGAGGGCAGGUGAACACUCCUGGGGUCGGGACCAGUUCAGGGUUAUCCAAGUUGGGUCCCAGGCCCGGGGGGAUCCUUCAACCGUUCUGGCAGCAUGGGGGAGCCCCGAGCAAGUGUAACCGAGGGGAUCCCGAAUUGCCCGAGUCGUGUCUGCAGUUUUUAACCCAAAUAAACGGUGCCACCGGCACCAAGAGAC